AUGGGGUUCUCAAAUCUAUUCGGUGUCGGCGCACCAUCAUCGGGGAACCGCGCAGGUAAAGGAACAGCGGCAGAGGCAGCGACAACAGAAGCGGCAGGAAAAUCCGGAAAGAAAGAAUCUACCAAAAAAAUCCCGUCAUCGACCAGCGCCGAGUCGCUACAACCGACACGAACGACACCACCAGCUUGCUCACCACCCUCCACGUCGUCCCAGGAGUCACGAAUGCCCGACACCGCACUCGAACACAUCGCAGAUGAGUCUGAUUUGCGACCCGUCGAUCCGCCCCCGCCCGACCUCCGGGAGCUGAACGCGUGUCUGGAUGCUCUCGCAGCCGUGUUCCCGGACAUCCAGAUCGAGGUGUUCCGGGACAUGUUUGCGAGCUUUGACGGAGAAUCAAGACUAGCCGUGGUAGCGGACGCCUUGCUGAAGAAUCGCGCGUCGUGGGUCAAGGGCCGGUGGAAGGUUCCCGCCGUCGACGCCGCGGGGAGUAAUAAUAACGGUGGGGAAGAGGGAGGAGGGAAGACUGGUGCUGGUACCGGUGCUGAUGCUCGUGCUGGUGGCGGGCUGGUUCCCUUAAAAGAGACCUUCCGUAGCGCCGAGUACAAGCGGGCGGUCAAGUCGCUUGCGUACCACGAGUUCAAGGGGCUGUCCCGCUCGGCGAUCCACGCGGUGCUGGCGGAGCACAACUACUCCUACCUCGACGCCCGUCAGACCCUAGUCGACCUGUCGUCCAAAUCCUGGCGCUUUACACUCUCGUCGCUCUUUCUCCGCCGUCGCCCCGUGUUAGCCACCGAGGCGGAGAGCCACCCCCUGGUUGUCUGGAAAUCGACCGGCCGGGGGUCCAUCGUGCCGACGAUCAAGCCGACUAGCAGCGCGGAGCUCGACCGGGAGCUGUUUGCGGCGUUGAUUACGCCGCUGACGGAGCGUGCCCAGGCUGCGCGCGACGCGAGUGACCGUCAAUUGGCCAUGGAGCUCAACAAUGCCGAGGCCGAGCAGGCCGGGAGCAUGAUCGAGUGUGCCUGCUGCUUCACGGAGUCGGCGUUUGAGGAGUUUGUUUCAUGCACCGGUGACGCUGCCCACAUGGUUUGCUUCCGGUGUGUGCAGCACUGCAUUUCCGAGGCGAUCUUUGGGCAAGGGUGGCAGCACAAUAUCAACAAGGAGACGGGCAGCCUGCGGUGUCCGGCUCUGGAGUCGACGACAUGUGGUGGCUUCGUGGCCCCGUAUCAUAUUCACCGAGCCAUGCUCCAGGAGAAGAAUGGGGCAGAGGUUAUGCGGCAAUUUGAGCACCGACUGGCCGACCACAACCUGGCCGCCAGUGGGCUGCCGCUGAUACGGUGCCCCUUUUGCGCAUAUGCCGAGGUAGACGACAUAUACAUGCCCGUUGACGAGUGGGACCUGCUCUUACCGACGUGGAGCAUAAAGGCUGUGUGCGUCGCCUGCCUCUGGCUCUCGGUGUGCUUGGUACUGCUCGUAUUCUUCGUCUACCUCAUCAUCCCCCUCGUCAUCUUCGGCCUCAUCUUCUACUCGGAUCGAAACAUCCCCGAAGAAUUCCGUGAUGCGAUCCGACGACGCCGACGCCGACGUCGCGGUCUGCGGUUCGACUGCCAGAACCCAGACUGCGGGCGCCCUUCGUGCAUCGGAUGCGAGAAGGCGUGGGUCGACGUCCACGUGUGCAACGAGUCCUCGCUCGUCGCGCUCCGCACGCAGGUCGAGCAGGCCAUGAGCAUGGCGGUCAAGCGCGUGUGUCCGCGCUGCAACACGUCGUUUGUCAAGAACUCGGGGUGCAACAAGAUGACGUGCCCGUGCGGGUACCAGAUGUGCUAUGUCUGCCGCAAGGACAUCAGCGCUAACAGCGGCGAGGUCGGGUACCAGCACUUUUGCAACCAUUUCCGCCCCAACGGCGAUGCGAACAAGCAGUGUGCCGAGUGCAAUAAGUGUAAUCUGUGGGGGAUUGAAAGCGAUGACGAGGUGAUGCGCAAGGCGAAAGAGGAGGCGGAGCGCAAGUGGAGUGAGACGGAGAAAAAGGAGGGAUUGUCUGCGGCCGAGGUGCGGUAUAUUGAAACCGGGUUGGCUACAUCGCAGUCGGCCGCCGGUGGGAUGGAAACUGCGGUUCGUCAGGGGCGUAUGCCGACGAUAGCUGAGGUUUGCGAUACCGUGGUGGAGUUUCUUUCGCCCUAG